UUAUCUCCAACAAUUUAUUAUUACGCUUAGAAAAUAUAAUGAACAUUGACGAGUUUCGCGUUCGAGGCAAAGAAAUGGUGGAAUACAUAUGCAAUUACCUUUGUACAUUAGAAAGUCAGCGGGUCACAGCGAAUGUUGAACCAGGAUACCUACGCUCUCUUUUGCCAAGUGAAGCUCCUAUGAAACCAGAAUCAUUUGAUGACAUCAUGAAAGACGUAGAGUAUAAAAUAAUGCCUGGGGUAACACAUUGGCAGCAUCCACGUUUUCACGCGUAUUUUCCGGCGGGGAAUUCGUUUCCUUCUAUAUUGGGAGACAUGCUAUCCGAUGGAAUCGGCUGUAUUGGAUUUUCAUGGGCUGCUUCACCCGCUUGUACUGAACUUGAGACAAUUGUUCUUGACUGGUUUGGAAAAGCCUUGGGUUUACCCAAAGAGUUUCUUGCAGAAGACAAGGACAUUUACAGUAAUGGUGGAGGAGUUAUCCAAGGAUCAGCUUCAGAAUGCGUUCUUGUAACAAUGUUAGCAGCACGUAGCUAUGCACUGAGAAAAUUACAUAUUCAAGAGCCCUCUUUUGAAGAGGCAACUUUCUUAACAAAACUUGUUGCAUACUGCUCCAAAGAGGCACAUUCAUGUGUAGAAAAAGCAGCUAUGAUAUGUUUGGUAAAAUUACGCGUGCUUGAAACAGAUGAACAUGGAAGUCUUCGUGGGUCUAUUCUUGAGACGGCUAUGUUAGAUGAUACGGCAAAGGGUUUAGUACCAUUUUACGUUUUAGCAACACUCGGUACAACAGGCAGUUGUAGUUUUGAUUGUUUGAAUGAGCUUGGACCAGUGUGUAAAAAUUUUCCGAAUUCUUGGCUUCAUGUAGAUGCAGCUUACGCCGGCAAUAGUUUUAUUUGUCCAGAAUUGCGUGAACUAAUGACGGGUAUAGAUUUUGCUGAUUCAUUCAAUACAAAUCCGAAUAAAUGGCUUCUGGUUAAUUUUGAUUGCUCAUGCUUGUGGGUUCGUGAUCGCGUAAAGUUAACUUCUGCACUAGUUGUAGAUCCACUCUAUUUGCAACAUGCAAACUCUGCUGAAUCAAUAGAUUAUCGUCAUUGGGGUAUACCCUUAAGUCGACGCUUUCGUUCACUGAAACUAUGGUUUGUAUUACGUUCCUACGGACUCUUAGGUCUUCAGUCUUAUGUACGCAAUCACAUUCAAUUAGCACAGAGAUUUGAAGCGCAAUUAUGCCGUGAUCAACGUUUUGAGCUCCUUAAUGAAGUUCGCCUUGGUCUCGUUUGUUUUCGACUACGUGGAAGCGAUAAUAUAAAUCAAGAGCUUUUGGCUAAUAUUAAUGCUUCAGGAAGUCUUCAUAUGAUACCAGCAAGAGUAAAGCAAACUUACGCACUUCGAUUUUGCGUUAUCCACGAACAUGCAUGUGAAAAGCAGAUAGACGCAGCUUUUCGGCUAAUUGAGAAUCAUGCAACUGAGGUUCUUUCUGGACAUUAUAAUAAACUUAAUGAAAAAAUUAGUAAUUUUACUGAACUCAUCAAUAGUCCCAAAAGUCCAUCUCUUCUUAACAAAAAACUUGUACGUAAAUUUAGUUUCACCCGCGCAGUUUCACGGGAUGCUUAUAAACGUUCUCGUUCGAAAACUAGUCUUCACGAUGGCGCUACUCCUAUCAUGGUAGUUGAAGAAGCACGUUGUUCUAGCGAUCAUGUGUCAGCUAUUGAAGAAGAUGUUUUUUGUGAUAGCAGGUAGAAUAUUGAAAGAUGUACGAUCCCUAAAAAAAGAGAUCACCUUCGAUCACUUCCGUGAGCCGAACUUCUUAUUUAAUAUUUUGAGUUUAGGUUAUUUAUUAAACAAUUGUGAAUUCUUCAUGUUAAAUGAAACUGAUUUUGCACACAAUAAAAUAUUUAAAUACGUAAAAUGAUAACUAUUAAAUUUAUUAAAGUGUAUAACUAUUCACAAAAAUUGUAUAGAAAUUCAUUUCUGUA